AUGAGCAAUUUGAUGUUGGAAUCAGGUAGUCAGAGAGGUGGAGAGGUUUAUGUAUCUGAUCGAGAAGGAUGUGACAGCACUGGUGAUGGGACACAGGAGAAACCUUUCAAAACAGCUUUGCAGGCAUUGAUGUCUACUGGAAAGGAACCACUUCCUACUAUCUAUGUGGACUCACAAAAAGAAAACCAGAGAUGGGAAACGAUCUCCAAAACCCAACUCAAGAAUGUGAAAAAGCUGUGGCAGAGAGAGCAGCAGAAGAGUGAAGCCAGAGAAAAGAAAGAGGCAGAAGAUUUGUUGCGACGUGAAAAGAAUUUGGAGGAAGCAAAGAAAAUUAUCAUUAAGAAAGACCUCAGUCUCCCGGAGCCCAAAUGUGUGAAGAUUUGUGCCCUGGAAGCCUACAGAGGGGAGAGAGUAAAGGUGUUUGGUUGGGUCCAUCGAUUGCGUCGGCAGG